UGAAUUACCGUCAUAAAUGGACCAAUCAGAUCGAUGAACCAUUUUCGUUAUUUACUCGUUAAAUGCCCUGGGUUAAUGAAUACGCACUAAUUGAAUGCGUGGCUACGAACAUAUUUUACAACCGUGAUAUCCUAUACUCAUGAUACUGAUUUCGCAUUGCGUGGUGUCUGCACAACAACAAACCCUGAUAUAAAGUUAAUGAAAGACUGUUAAACCUAAAGAGCAAGGAUUUCUAGCUGUUGCCAACCAGAAUGAAUGGUACUUCGGUGCUUACGCUUUUAGCGUUGGCAUGGAUAGCUACGUCCUGUCGUUGCCCUGGUUCUCCAGGAGAUCUGAUCGCAUUUACGAGGCUGAAGGGAUUCUACCACCAUUACGCCAUCAACGUAGGCAAUGGAUAUAUUGUGCACUUAUCAGGCAGCAGUACAAAUGAAUUACAAAAGUGUUUCGAAGCUUCGUUUCUACGAUCUGGUCGUUGUGAAAUAGCUAAAGUCAAAAAAGAAAAAUGUGCUGAUGUUGUAAAACCAGGGAGUAAACACAUUGAAAACAAACCAUGGAAAGGCAAAAAGCCUCUGCCAGCGAAUGAAAUCGUCGAAAGAGCCUUAUCCAAAGUUGGUACAUCAGGGUACAACCUGCUGUAUAAAAACUGUGAGCAUUUUGCUCGCUGGUGUCGGUACGGAGAAGAAGAUAGCAAGCAAGCCGAGAACUUGAUGUUGGGAUUGUAUAUGUUGAGGGUAACUUUCUUUGCGAGCUUCUUGCUCUUGUUUUUGGUUUCGCUUCCAAUGCUUUAUGUGGCAUUCAGGUGGUUUCUUGUGCACACUUCCAUCCCGCUUGUUAUGGCUCUUUUGUCCUUGGCUUUUUAUGCGUUACUUUGGGCGUUCUGUGAAGCGAUGGUGGAGGCAUUAAGACUGCUCACGAGGGGCACCCAUUUCAAGGAACUUGAAAGAAACAAGCCAGCGUUGUUGCACAAAGUUCAAUUGACUGUUGUCGCUUGGCUCUUUCCACCCGGCACCAUUUUUGGAGACACCUUGAUCAUUCAUGAAAAGGAGGAAAAAAACGUUUUGAUAGAGUAUGAUUUGUUAUUCACAACUGGAAAAUGACAUUAUUUCUUAGGGAAUGACUUGCAAACCACCUAUAGUAAACAUCAUCCAACAUGACCACCACCUAUAGGGAACAUCAUCCAACAUGGCUAACACCUAUAGUAAACAUCAUCCAACAUGGCUACCACCUAUAGUAAACAACAUCCAAC